AUGAAGUUGCUUGUUCUUCUUGGGGCUGUAAUAGCCGCUACUACGGCCGCUCCUGGCUUCACUCCGCUCCAAGUUCAAACGUCCAGUGGUGUUGUCCAGGGAACCGUCAACGGCAGUUAUCCCAAUGUUCGACAAUUUCUCGGAAUCCCCUAUGCAAAGCCACCCGUUGGCGACCGACGAUGGCUUCCUCCACAGGACCUGGAAAAACAUUCGGCGGGGUUCGUCAACGGGACUGUCAUGCCUCCCGCCUGUCCGCAAAGUCUGGUCGCCAUGAGAAAGGGACCGUUUGGGAAGUUCGCCCCCCAAACUAUGGUCGCAGGAGCCAUAAGUGAAGAUUGCUUAUUGUUGAGCGUUUGGGCUCCGAACAAUGGAAAGAAGAAUUUACCGGUCAUCAUCUGGCUCUACGGAGGCCAGUACCUUUACGGUGGCACGAAUGUUCGUCCCUGGAUCCCGUCACCGUGGAUUGAGCGUUCGCAGGAGCACAUAAUCGUGGCCAUUCAAUAUCGAUUGAAUAUCUUUGGCUUCCCCGCGGCUCGUGGACUGAAGGAUCAAAACCUGGGGAUCCUCGACCAGCGUCUCGGCAUGGAAUGGGUGCGCCGGAACAUCGCGCAGUUUGGCGGAAAUCCCGAGCAGAUGAUUCUCUGGGGUGAGAGCGCCGGGGCCAGCAGUACCGAUAUCUUGAACUUCGCAUAUCCGGAUGAUCCGAUCGUGCAGGGGUUCGCUUGUAACUCGGGUUCGGCCUUUCUAACGGUGGAUACGCGAUCGGAUGAUGUGCAGGGUUCGAACUUCAGCACUGUCGCCUCGCACUUUGGAUGUGCCGGUUCCGCCGGGAAGGAGCUCGCUUGUUUGCGCGCUGUUCCUGCGGCGAAAAUCACAUCCUACCUCGGUGCUGGAGGAGGUAGCAAUCUGACCUUCCUACCGUACAUCGAUGACAAAACCGUCUUCGAGAACUACACGCAGCAAUACCAUCGUCGACACGUGAGCGGAAAGCCAGCCCUCUUCGGGUCGAACAAGGACGAAGGGACCCUGAUGGCUGGCGGAUCCGACUCCCCCAAAGCGAGAGGGAUCACGUAUUCGAAAUUUGAAUGUCCGGUGCCUUACUCGACAGCCCGCCGAGAGGAGCUCGGCCUGACCACCUAUCGGUAUCAGUAUCGAGGAAACUUCUCUAACAUCGACUCGCUUCCGACUCUUGGGGCGUACCAUUCGUCGGAGCUGCCGUUGAUUUUCGGCACCGCGGACGAUGUUUUUGGACCGAGCACCGCCUUCGAGAAAGCCGUGAGCCAGGAGAUGCAAGAUCUGUGGGUGGCCUUUGCUAAAGAUCCCGAGGCUGGGCUGAAGCGCCGGGGAUGGCCUGUCUCAACGAGCGAUAAGUUUCUGGCGUUAGGGGGUGGGAAUGUCUCUUCCGUGUUGUUGGAUGUGACGAUUGAUGGGCCAUGCGAAGACUAUUACUCGUUGUAUUGA